AUGUCUAAAACUUUCAAAUAUCGGCUCUAUCCCAGUCAAGAGCAAAAGGGAAAGUUAGAAAAAAUUUUGGAAACUUGUCGGAUACUCUAUAACGAUUUUUUGGCUGAAAGGAGAGAUAAAUACGAAAAAGAGAAAGGGAAAAUUACUUGUUUCGAGCAAAUUAAUUCCUUACCCACCAAAAAAGGAAUUAACUCUUUUCUUAAAGAAGUUCAUUCCCAAAUUCUCCAAGAUGUAGCAAGAAGAGUUAACAAAAGUUUUCAAAACUUCUUUCGGAGAUUAAAAGCCCAAGCAGGAAAAGUAGGCUAUCCUAGAUUUAAACAAUAUGGGAGAUAUGACAGUUUCACCUAUCCUCAAUCCGGUUUCAAUUUAAGGCAUAGCCAAUUAAUUCUUUCUCAUUUGGGAAAGGUUGACAUUGAGAAACACCGAAAAUUAGAAGGCAAGAUAAAAACUUUUCGAAUAUUAGCCGUUAAGCAUGAGAAAGUGGCUAAUCAGAGAAAAGAUUUAGCCCAUAAGUUAAGCCGUGAGUUGGUUGAAAAAUACGACCUAGUAGCCCAUGAAAAACUUCAAGUAAAGAAUAUGGUGAAAAAUAGGUAUUUAGCCAAAAGCAUUAAUGAUGCUGUGGAAGAAACUGGUAAGAGAGUAGUCGAAGUUGAAGCAAGAAAUACCAGCCAAACAUGUAGCAAUUGUGAUGAAUUAAGAGAACCAAAAUUGAAAUUAAGUCAGAGGAAGUUCAGUUGCUUACAUUGUGAUUACCAAGAAAAUAGGGAUAUUAAUGCUGCUCGUAAUAUAUUGAAACGAGCAGAAAGGUUAGGAACUAGCCUUCAAGGAGCAGUGCCAAUAGGUGCUGUGUAG